UCGUUCUCGGAAGCGGAACGGCGUUCCUUCUAGUGCUUCUAGCAAGCCAGUCCGCCUUUUAAUCCACGAUACCAUGAAGCACGUCCUUCGUCGCCGCGCACGUCCUUCCAGCAUCGCUCUGCCGGCCCUGGUGUCGCUGCUGGCGUCGGUGUGGUUGUUGCUGCUAAUGUCGACGCUUACCGAGGGUGCCAUCGGGGUCACGAAUCGUACAUCAGCCUUGGAGGAGGCCCGGCUCCAGCGGGAGAACAUGGUCAGGAAGUAUCUGAAGCGCUUGAAGAAGGAAGAAGGCGCCUUGAAGCUGGUCGGUGGACGGGGAGACUACGAAGGAAACGUGGAGAUCUUCCAUGCCGGCAAAUGGGGCGCAAUCUGUGAUGACGAGUGGGACGCGAGCGAAGCGGAAGUGGUCUGCCGUCAGUUGGGGUUCCCGGGACCGGUACGCGCUACCCACACCGGGUACUUUGGGCGAGCGAAGCGUAAAUUCUGGAUGGACAAUCUGUACUGUGGCGGCAAGGAGCAGGAACUGGGCGACUGUCACUUCGAUGGUUGGGGUACGAAUGACUGCGAGGCCAGUGAGGCGGCCGGAGUGAUCUGUAAGCAGCACGAGGAGGAUCAGGAUCGCUCGAUCACACCGAAACCGGUGCCGGUGGAGGCGUUGGUGCCGAAGGUGCGCCUAGGAAUGCGGCUCGAAGUUCGUCUCGUCGGUGGCCGAGCGGACGGUGAGGGAAGGGUGGAGGUGCGCGUGAUCGGUAAGGAAGGCGCUGGUCGGUGGGGUAGUGUGUGUGGUGAUGGGUGGGGGUUGCUCGAGGGUAAUGUGGUGUGCCGCGAGCUGGGACUCGGUUACGCCAACAACGCCGUCCAGACGGAUUUCUUCUCCGAGACCGACCGGCUUCCGGCGGUGCUACUGAGUGGUACGGAGUGUUACGGCAAUGAGAGUUCGUUGGCCGAUUGUCUGCAUGAUCCGGUUUGGAUGGAACCGGACGCAGUCGAUGGUGCACGCUGUAGCGAACGUCGUGGCCAUGUGGCAGCGGUCACUUGUGUACCGCUGAUGGCCGACCUGGCGUUUGAUCAUGUGGAGAUGGAACAGUCGCUCCAUCUCGAGGAUCGGCUCAUGUAUCUGCUGCAGUGUGCGAUGGAGGAGAACUGUGUGGCCUCGCAGGCGUACGAAAUCCAGCGUGACAACCCGAACUGGCAUCUGGAGACACGCCGGUUGCUCAAGUUCACGGCCCGGGUCGUUAAUACGGGGACGGCGGACUUUCGGCCGCACAUUCCGAAGCACCUGUGGGAGUGGCAUCUGUGCCACAUGCACUACCACAGUAUGGAGGUGUUUGCGACGUUCGAUGUGAUCGAUGCGAGUGGUCGGCGGGUGGCCGAGGGCCAUAAGGCAUCGUUCUGUCUGGAGGAUAACCAGUGUCUGCCCGGUAUUGAGCCACGGUACGCGUGUGCCAACUAUGGCGAUCAGGGUAUCUCGGUGAACUGUUCCGAUAUCUAUCGGCACAAUAUCGACUGUCAGUGGGUCGAUAUUAGCGAGCUGAACUUUGGCGAGUACAUGUUUAAGGUGUCCAUCAAUCCGGAGUUUAAGGUACCGGAGAUGAGCUUCGAGAAUAAUGCGGCCAGGUGUCGGCUCUUGUACACGCCGACCUUUGCCCGAGUGUACGACUGUGCGCUCGGUCGACCUUGAUAGACAACGGCGGUGAUGGGGGUUUCGUGAGGAGUUUAGCAUCGAUGGCCGAUACUCGAAUCGAUUAGAUAGAGUUACAGGCGGAAGAGUAGUAGCAGUAAGAAAAUAUGGUUAAAUAAGUAUAAGAAGCGACACGAAGAGCUCAGGAGCUCUGCUCAUUAACGAGACUCAUUCACGUGCAGCCGUCUAAUGGAGCCAUUGGUUCAUGGCAAUUAAUAAGGAUUACAGUGCUAGGGAAGGUCGGUGGCUAGGUGGACACCAAUAA